AUGCCUCUUGAGCAACUACCUGAGCUGAAGAAGGCCGCUGAAGUCUACGUCCUCAAUGACAAGCGCAAGACGACACUGGCGGAACUGGACCGGGCUGGAUUCACAUGGUUCCAUGUCCGAGUCUGUUUAAUCGCGGGAGUGGGCUUCUUCACCGACUCGUAUGACAUCUUUGCCAUCAAUAUCGCUUCAGUCAUGCUUGGCUAUGUCUAUGGUCACGGACAAGUGCUCACUGCAAAUCAAGACCUUGGCAUCAAGGUUGCCACCCCGGUAGGCACCGUGUUUGGGCAGCUCAUCUUCGGUUGGCUCGCAGACGUCUUCGGUCGCAAACGCAUGUAUGGCGUUGAGAUGGUGCUCGUGAUCGUUGCCUCCUUCGGGCAAGCAAUGGCUGGCCAAGCGCAUGCCGUCAACAUUAUCGGGGUGCUGGUCGUAUGGCGGUUUAUCAUGGGGGUUGGAAUCGGAGGCGAUUACCCUUUAUCAUCCGUCAUCCCCUCCGAAUUCGCAUCGACGAGAACUCGUGGGCGAAUGAUGACGGCCGUCGGGGCAAAUCAGGGGUGGGGCCAGCUGGCCGGCGCGCUCGUCGGGUUCAUAAUCGUAUCGGCAUACAAGUCGGCCGUCCUCCACGACGACCCUGCCGUCCUCCCGCACGUCGACUUCAUGUGGCGCCUGCUCAUCGGACUCGGCUGCGUUCCAGCCGCGAUCACCCUCUAUUUCCGCUUGACGAUCCCAGAGACCCCGCGGUUCACGAUGGACGUCGAGCGUAACGUCCGACAGGCGAGCGAGGAUGUCGAGAACCUCCUGAUGACGGGCAUGUACUAUGCUGACCAGGACGCAGUGGUCGAACGUGUGAGGGCCCCCAAGGCAUCGAGGCGCGAUUUCUGCAGGUUCUUCAGCAAGAGAGAGAACUUAUUCCCGCUGAUCGGCAUGUGCUACUCGUGGUUCGCUAUCGACGUCGCAUUUUACGGGCUUGGCUUGAACACUUCCGUCAUUCUCCAGGCAAUAGGCUUCGGUUCCCCAAGUGCAGAUGUCACGGGUAACAUGAGGGUGUACCAGAACCUCAAGAAUAUCUCAGUAGGAAACAUGAUCCUCGCUGUGGCAGGACUCAUACCUGGCGCUUGGACGACAUUCCUCUUUGUCGACACGUGGGGAAGAAAGCCCAUACAACUGCUCGGGUUCAUUAUGCUCACGAUCUUGUACGUGAUCAUGGGAUUUGCGUACGGCAAGCUCACAGCGUCCGACGCAGGGAGGAAAACCUUCGUGUUCUUGUAUUGUCUGACGAACUUCUUCUCCAACUUCGGGCCAAACUCUACCGUAUCGAUCUUCCCAGGCGAGUCAUUCCCCACUCGCUAUCGCUCCACCGCCUUUGGGAUCGCUGCGGCGAGCGGCAAGGUCGGCGCUGUUAUUUCGCAAGUCGGCUUCGGGAAGCUGGUCAACAUCGGAGGAACGAACGCAUUCGUACCGCAUUUAUUGGAAAUCUUCGCAUUCUUCAUGCUGACAGGGGCUUUUUCGACUCUCCUGCUCAAGGAAGGGAAAGGAAUGACAUUAGAGGAGCUCUCGAAUGAGAAGCAAGAUGAAUUCAUUGAUGGUACGCCACGAUCCGGCCCUUGUGGUACAGCUUUUGCGCGAUAG